AUGGGAUGCUGCAGAGUCGGUGGCGGUCUGGGGCGGUGGUUUGGAGGAAACCACUUUAUAAACUCCACAUCUUCCUCUCACAAAACCUCUGGACCCGACUUUAAGCUGGGGACAGUUUUUAGCCUACCUGCUGCUUCAGUUACACUUCCUCCUCAGUCUAAAAAUGAUUCCAGCAGCCCUUGUUCUGCCAUUUCAUCUUUCUUUCACAAGAAGACUCUUCAAAGAAGCAUACAGGACUCAGCCUCAACACAGAGCAAGCCUGAAAUGGCACCCGAGUCUAUCAAAAAUGAUGACUGCGAAGAAACUGCUGCUCAUGUGAAAGACCAUACAUCUCAGCAGUUUGCCAGUGCACUGGAUACAGAUGCUGAGGUCAAACACCAUUCUCCUAAUGUGGCCAGAGACGACCUGAUAAACUGUGAACGCUGCGGCCAGGAGGUGUCGGUCUGGGAAAUGCCUGAGCACAACGACUACCACUUUGCCCUGGAUCUCCAGAAUUCACUCAGUUCAUCUGCAGGUUCAGCAGCCACUUCUUCCUCGAGCACCUCCUCCUCUUCCUCUGCAUGUCCUGUCAGAGACAGAGCAGCAGGCACAUCCCAGUCCUCCCGGGGCAAAACAAAAACCAAAGGCCAUUCAGGACCUCAGCCAAAAAGGCAACGCUCUCAAGGUGGAAGUACAUGAUUGUUUUAUGAAAAUAGAAUAUUCUACUGGUUUAAAAUGAUCAGUCUUACUAGGCAUUAUAGCAAUGUUUUUUUU